AUGGCGGGAACUCUUCAUUUUGGGCUAUGGCAGCAAACAUCGGAGCAAGCCGUGCGGCAGCGGCAGCGGCAGCAGCAGUCUUCGUACGGGGCCGUCACCGCCAUCAGCACCGGACCCAGGACGACGGUAGUGACCACAACAGAGGUGGCCACAUCUGCGGCCGGAAUCAAACGAAGCCAUGACAGCAGUAGCGAGGCCGGUCUGAUGCCUCCGCCCACCAAGAAGCGAGCUGCCCUGCCGUCGCUGCCGGCGCGGCUGGCUGCGAGUGCCAUUGACGAGGUGGUGUCGGUUGGCUCUGCGCCAGCAUCAUCAACCCAAAAUCGCCUCAGCUGGCUGGCUCCAGGGUCUUCGGAGUACUCGCAGCGCCGUACGAUCAGCGCCACGCCCACCGCCGCCGCCAACCCGAAGCUCUCCUUGGCCCACCCCUGCUACGGCCUGCCGCCUGCGCUGAUUGCGAACUUCGUCGCUCUCGGCAUCUGCUCCAUCUAUCCGUGGCAGAUGCACUGUCUGCUCAGCCAUCACAGCAUCCUCGCCGGCAAGCGCAAUCUCGUCUAUGCUGCGCCCACCGGUGGCGGCAAGUCGCUUGUGGCUGACGUGCUGAUGUUGCGGCAGGUACUGCAGAGUAACGACGGUAUUGUCGGCAACAACACCGGCGCCGGCUUUCGAGACUUCCGUCGCCGUUCAAAGGCCCUGCUGGUCCUGCCCUUUGUUGCCCUUGUGCAGGAAAAGGUGCGAUGGCUCCGUCGUGUCGUCGCCGGCGUGCCACGGUCAGAUGCUCAGAGCAUCGGCAGCCAGACUGCGAAUGGGCCCAGUACCUCCUGGCAGAGACACCCAGCAGAAGACACUGUCCGGGUGGUCGGCUUCUUUGGUGGGGCCAAAAUCAGGGCCACCUGGGCGGACUUCGACAUCGGCGUCGCCACCAUCGAAAAGGCAAAUGCGCUUAUCAACACGGCCAUCGACGACGGCACCAUAUCAGACCUCAAAGUCAUUGUCCUCGAUGAGCUGCACAUGGUCGAUGACAGCCAUCGUGGCUACAUAUUCGAGCUCAUGGCAACCAAGCUGCUCUGCCUGGACCACAGCGUCCAAAUCAACAUGGAUCUUCUGGCCACUUGGCUCAGAGCGUAUUCGUACGAGACACGCUACCGUCCUAUUCCCAUUGAAGAGCACUUAGUCUAUGAUGGCGAAAUCUAUGUGGCAGAAGAAGCCAAUCGCCGUUUUCUCGACGCCCUGACGAUACCUGAUAAAAAGGAGACGGCAGCUCCAACACAACCUUUGCGCAUAAUUCAGCCGUCCGGACACCGGGAGCUGCAGGACUCUGUGACCAAUGCUGUUGUGUCUUUGGCGAAUGAGACAGCCCGGUCAGGUUACGGUGCCCUCGUGUUUUCCAGCAGCAGGGCUGCGUCCGAGUCGGAUGCCCUCCUCAUUAGCCGCGUCAUGCCGACACCUGCAGAGGUAGACCCUGCCGUGUCAGAAGCACGGCUUGACUUGGUAAGCACAUUGCGUGGCCUCAACACCGGACUCGACUCCGUCCUCAGCCAAACUGUGCCGGUCGGCGUCGCUUUUCACCAUGCCGGCAUGACGACGGAGGAGCGUGACCUUAUCGCCAACGCUUAUGACAACGGUGUUCUCAAAGUAUGUGUGGCAACGUGUGGCCUCGCGGCUGGGAUAAAUCUGCCUGCACGUCGUGUGAUUCUGCAUAACGCACGCAUGGGCCGCGAGCUGAUAGGGCCGGCCAUGCUGCGCCAGAUGAGGGGCCGUGCCGGGCGCAAAGGCAAGGAUGAGGUCGGAGAGACAUAUCUUUGCUGCCGCGGCGCCGACGUGGAUGACAUGCUCGAUCUGAUGCACGCGGAGCUGCCCCACAUCUCCAGCUGUCUCCAGGAGGACAAGCGGCGACUGCAGCGGGCUCUGCUGGAGGUCAUCACCGUGCGCCUGGCUACAAGCCCCGAAUCUGUUCAUGCCUACGUGGAGAAGACACUGCUCUACCACUCCGUUGUCAAUUCCUGCGCCGACGAUGGCAUCCCAGCCAACGAUGGCCAGACUGCGGCUAAAGCAGACCUCCAGCCCCUCUGGGCGGACGUGGAGACGAGCCUGGAGACUUUGCAGAGGAUGGGCUUUGUCAGCAAGGGCGAGUUUGGCGACUAUGAGCCAACACGCUUUGGCAAGGCUGUCGUGGCGUCGGCUCUGGACCCAGAGGACGCUGUGUUCAUCCACAGCGAACUCGAACGUGCUCUACAGGCGUUUGUCCUCGACGGCGAGAUGCACGUGCUGUACACAUUCACUCCCGUCCACGACACCAUCGGCACAGCGAUAAACUGGCGCCGGUUCUGGGAAGAAAUGGAGCAGCUUGACGAGAGCGGACUUCGUGUUCUCCACUUUUUAGGCCUGAAGCCUAGCAUCAUCAGCAAGAUGCUCCGCGGAGGCACAUUGAAAGAAUCGACACCGGAAGAGAAGGAAACCGCGCGGAUCUACCGGCGAUUCUACCUGGCCCUGCAACUUCGUGAUCUCUGCAACGAGAUGCCCAUCCAUCGCGUGGCCCAAAAGUACGACUCGCCGCGAGGGGCAGUUCAGAACCUGGAACAGACCUGUGAAGGGUUUGCUGCUGGCAUGAUCAAAUUCUGCGAGCAUAUGGAUUGGGGGGCCAUGGCAUCCGUUCUCGAGCAUUUCGUCGACCGACUCAAGGCCGGGGCCAAGGCCGACCUACUGGCCCUGGCCAAGAUUGCGUUUGUCAAGAGCCGCACUGCGAGGGUUUUUUGGGAGAACGGCUUUAAGACUGUGGCGACGGUUGCAAACACAGACCCCAGGGAGCUUGUCCCUGUAUUGAUGCAGGCGCAGGCGAGCAAGGUGCUGUUCGAGGAUCGUAAUGACGACAAAUUCCAGGAAACGCUUCUGGAAAAAGCACGCAUCAUCACCGAGUCAGCCAACAGGAUAUGGCAAUUGGGCAGCCGUAUUGAUGGAUGCUACGAAAGUGGCCGAGAUUUGGCUCCUCUCGAGCUCCGGUUUCUGCGCCUCGACCACAGCAGCUGCGAGGUAAAGCAGGAAUCUGUCGAAACGUGGGCCCUGUCUGCAGCAGGUCCGAUCACCGACACCAGCUUUGCCUUAGAGGCCAUCUUCUCGAUCGAGGGCAAGCUGCUCGAGAUGAAGAGCCGCGACUACUACGGCAACACAGAGCAGGGGAAGCCCGCCGGCGCUCUGGCCAUCAUCGAGGCCAAGAAUUUUUGGGCGCGGGAGGACGCCAUAGAUGGCGCGCUGCAAAAUGUAGAUUUUGGUCUCUUGCGUCCGGUGGUGCAGCCUGGCGGCAUCUCCUACGGUCGUCUGCGGGAGGCUUUCGAGCUGCUUCGUCUGGCCUUGGCAACAGAACUUGGGACAGAGGCGAAAGGUCUGAAAAUAUUCUUAUAG